CCAACAUGGCGUCCGAAGACGAGACCGUAUAUUGUAUAUGUCGAAAACCUUACGAUGAAAACGAAUUUAUGAUCGAAUGUGACAUUUGCAAGGACUGGUUUCAUGGAAGUUGUGUGGAGGUUCAGGAGUACCAGGCCAUAGACAUAGAAAUUUACCAUUGCCCGAAAUGUCAACAUUUAAAUGGACCUCUUGUUCUUAAAAAGAGAAGGAAUUGGCACAGACAUGACUAUUCCGAGGAAGAUGUAGAUGAAAAGGCUGUACAAACAGGAACAGUUGUAUUUAUAAAAGAACUCAAAAACAGAACAUUUCCAAGUGCUGAUGAGAUUCCUGUGAUGAGGCUACAUGGCAGCGAGUUAACUCUAGACUUCCUCAAACAAACUGGGUUUCAUGUUCCCAUCAUUGUGGAGAAGAAGGAAGGCCUGGGUUUGGUUGUGCCUCCUUCAAAAUUCAGCAUUGAGGAUGUGGAAAAUCUUGUUGGUUCCAUGAGAGAAAUAGACGUUAUAGAUGUAUCCAAACAAGAGGACUACAAAAUGUUGAUGAGAGAAUGGACAGAAUACUAUAACAGCCCAAACAGGUCCAAAAUCUAUAACGUCAUCAGCCUGGAGUUCUCCAAGACACAGUUGUCCGAACUUGUUAUACCUCCUACCAUCGUGCGACAACUGAGCUGGGUAUCCAAUGUAUGGCCCGAGCAGUUGCCAGAUGACUGUACAUACACAAAGCCAGCCGUCCAGAAGUACUGUCUGAUGGGUGUAAGGGAGAGUUUCACCGACUUCCAUGUAGACUUCGGAGGCACCUCCGUCUGGUACCAUAUUCUACGUGGAGAAAAAGUUUUCUACCUAAUCCGGCCGUCCCAGGCAAACCUGACCCUGUACGAGAACUGGCUCUCUUCCUCAAACCAGAGUGAAACCUUCUUUGGUGACCAGGUGGAUACCUGCUAUAAGUGUGUGGUGAAGCAGGGACAGACACUGUUUGUGCCCACAGGCUGGAUCCACGCAGUGUUCACACCCAUCGACUCCCUGGUCUUCGGAGGAAAUUUCUUACAUGAUCUUCAAGUACCUCUCCAACUUCAGGUGUAUGAAAUAGAAAAGCGUGUGAAGACACCUGCCAAGUAUCUCUUCCCAAGCUUUGAAACAACAAACUGGUAUGCAGCCAAACACAUUCUAGACUUACUGAAAGACUUUGCCGAGGACAACACAAAACCUCCGAUACAUAUCCUAAAUGGAGGAAAGGCCUUAGCGUCACAUCUCAAAUCCUGGACACAGAGAAAAGAUUUGAACAACCUGCAUCUAUUUGUAAAAGAUGCCAAGCAUGAUGUCCCCGAGAUGAUACAGUAUGGAAGGUUGUUAAAAGACCUAAACAAGGCAUGGAGGAGGUUUGACACUCCAACAAAAGGCAGUCCAGUGAAAUUAAAAAUAGAAAAACAGAAAAUUGAAAAACCAAAAGAGAAACAGGAGAAAGAGAAGCACGAGAAAGAGAAGGAGAAAGAGAAAGAGAAAGAGAAAGAGAAAGAGAAGUCCGUUAAAACUAAAAAGAAGAAAAAGAAUGUGCCCCCCAAACAGAUGGUCAACCUUGACCUCCUUCACCAACACACUCAGGAAAAACUUAUGGAGAUGGAGAAUGAGCAGAAAAAGAAUAUCUACGAAUUCCCUGAUGACGACGAUGAUUCCCUUCCUGGUUCCCUGAAAGUCAGAGUUCCUAAGGCUGGGGCGUACAUAGAUUCAGCUCUCAAACAGGAAAAAAAGGGUUCCGUCAAGCUGGAAAUGACAGAUAUGCCGCAAAGACAGGAGAAUGUGCCGCCAGAUGGAUUAGUCAUAGAGUCUCCUUUGGACUCUAAAGCGAUAGCUAAGGGAUUAAAGCUCAAAGUGUCAAAUGGAAAAAUUGUCAGUGAUGUGAAGAAGAAAGGUAAAGGUACAAAAGUUGGUGGGAAGUUCCAGGCAUUGGUCGGGGGCGAUGGUGAAGAUGCUGACAGUGAUACAGACACUCUUGUUGUGGACGAAAAUCCACAGCGAGGGAAAAGGGUAGCAGGGGCAGGUGCCAAGACUGCAGCGGGAACUGGCCCCAAAUCAGCCUCCACACUGAAACCAGGAUCACUCAAGUUAAAACUAUCAUUCCUUGGAAAAACUGCCCAACCAGAGUCUUCUACAAGCCAGGAGAGCAGCCAGGAGUCUGAUGUAACAGCUAGUCAGAGUGACUCGGAAAGUCAGGAGGAAGAUCAGGCUAACCGCGCAAACCUGCCAACGAUACGAGGAGGACUCAAUGGUAGCAUAGCGGAUAUACUGGAGGCUAGCGGGUACGGCACAGAGACCGACUUCAAAGUGGACGAUGACAUUGGGAGAGCUCCAUCACCUAGUAUGAGGGAUGCAAUCCAAGGCAUGCUGUCAAUGAGUCAGAUGGGUGGGAUGGAGCUAUUCUCCAAGGGGAAAGGUCGACGCACCAUACGUCUGCAGCAGCGGUCAAAACUAGUAAUGGAAGAAGAGGAAAAGCUUGAUUCCUGCUAUAAAGAUGAAGAAUUUGUUUAUCCCACGCUAGACUUAUCAGAUGAUGAAGCAGAGCAGAUAUUCAAAGCACAAAGUAAAGCCAGUAAAGAUGACACCUGGAAUCCAAAAGCUCGUGUCCAGGUGACAAUACCUAAAGGGGACCGACCUCACCGUGAGGGAACGAAGAAGGAAGCUAUGGAGCAUGUCAUGGCAGCCACUGCAGCCAAGCCUGCUGCCUCUCUUAAACCAAGACGGCCCAAAAAGCGAACAAAGUCCGAAAGUUUUUCCGAGGGAGAAGGUCAAGGCACUUCAGCAGGCCUGUCUUUGUCCUCAUCAGCACCAGGUUCAGCAUUCCGUCCAAGCUUAUCCUCCAGGCCAGCUAACCCUACUCCUGAUAGUCCCCCAAAACCAAAAAAGCCUCGGAAGGGACAAGCCACAGCCAAGCAGCGACUAGGGAAAAUUCUCAAAAUGCACAAGAUGAAAAUAUUUUGACAACACACAGGUUUCAAUAGUAUUAUUGCUAUACAGCCACAGUACUGCCAAUCAGGGACUAUGCCAAAGUUUCAUAUUGUUUGUCUUAUUUUUUUUAAUUUUAUAAAAAAAAGAAAAGACAAAAAGGCCACGUCAACAACAUCAGAGAAAGGCAUCCAAAUGUUAUCACUACAUGCAUGAUUUUUAUUUAUUGAAGUAUUUGAAAACCAUGAAUGCCUUUUUACUUCAAUUUCAUUUACAUAAUCAUUGGAAAGAAAGUGUGAAUGCUUGGUAAGAUUUUAAUAUUAACAAGGGGUUAAGAAAUAAAAAUAACAACUUUAAAUUAUGUUGCGCAAGUGCUAUUACCGAGGGAGUUUUCAGCUGUAGUCGUUUUCAAUAUUAUUUCUGGAUCACUUCAACAUGUGGCUUUUGUACGAAUAAAUUUGGUAGGUCAUUCAUUCUCUUAUACAGAUUUAUUUAGAGUUUAUGUUUAAAUGCAAAUCUAGUCUUUUUUAAAUGACAAAUAUGUACCUAAUUAUACCUCAUAUUUAUGUUUAAAGAUUAUGUUACGUCAAUACAAAUCUGACUUUGAAAUUAAUUUGUAAAGUUAUUUAUCUGUCAAAUGCAUUAGUAAUAUUGAAAAACCACUAAAAGGUUGAACUUGAAAUAUGUGCAUUGGUUGAUGAAAAAUUUCCAAUUAUCAGUGCAGAAAAGAUUUCAGGUAAAAUAGUCACAAUAAGAAAGACGUUUUCUCUGAUGAUCUCAAAUAAUGACAAGUGAUCUCAUCUAACUAGUAUGGCUUUGGAAUGGUAGCUGAGCCUAUUUAGUUGCAGACAAAGAUAUUUUUAUUUAGUAAAUAUGUUCUAUUGCUGAUGAACUUUGUUAACUUUGCUUCAGUUAUUUUCAGUUCAACAAAUUUUGUUGAUACAAAUUGUACAAAUGGAGAAGUUCCUGGGCAAGUCUGUAUAAAUUAAAUUCUUUCCCUGGGUGGUCAUGAAGAUGAUUGAAAACGUUGUGAAAAUAAACAAUCGAAACAUUUACAAUUUACAAAACGUUUUCAGUAGGAGGUGAUAAAAAUUUAAGAGCUUGACAUUUUAAGAUCUAUGUAUUGUGUAUACAUAUUAUUAUAAGGGCUAUUCCAGAAGCAAGUAUAUACUUUGGGGGUUCGACGGGCAGGUAGUCACUUACAAUUGAUAAUGUGAUAUUGAUAUUGUAUAUUUUAUAGUCACAAAUUUUAUGUUAGGUACAAGUGUAAAAGAAAGUGUACGACUCAUUGUAAUACAUGUAUCCCAUUUUUUAUGAGAAGUAAAAACACUUUGAUAUCCCAACUCACCUCCAUUUAAUACCGGGAUCUACUUGUAUAUCUCAUUCCUUAACUGUGAUAAUGCAGCAUGUCACAGCAUGGUUUGACAUUACUUUUAAGCAAUAAAAUCUAUUAGAACACGUAUAUGUUUCUGCUAGAUUACACGUCAUUGAGAAAUUACAGUCAAACUGUUAUUUCAGACUAGGAAAAUACAAAUACAUUUAUCAUCAAAUUAUUUCCUCAUUACUUUUUUCUUAGGCAUCCUUUCCGCUUCUUUUUUAAGUUGAAAUCAAUACAUAUUUGUAUGUUUGUAAGUUCAAAAUCAUAAUUUGCUGUCAAAAAUUACAAGAAAGCUGUUUCCUUUGCACCAACACAGGACUUCAGAUUUAUGAAAAAGUUUAUUAAUCCUAUUGAUAAAAUAAAGUUAAUAUGUUGAUGAAACUGUUAUUAAGAUAUACCAGGUAACUGCUAUUUUAUGACAGUUGACUGGAAAAU